UCCUUUGGCCUUUCAAGACAGAUGAAAGAUAAGAAAGGAGCUAUGAUUCAGUUUAUUUGUGCUCCGAAAAUAUGUUUUAGAAGUUAAAAUAUAAACUGGAAGUUGGAAGUUGAACAAAGGCAGUGGUGACAUUUCUCAGUUUCACUUAUUAGAAGUAAAAAUAUGUCAUGGCUAGCUAGAUCCAUUACCAACUCUCUCAAACUUGAAAACGACGACGACGAUCGUUUACCUAACACUACCACAAAUGCCAGUGAUCCGAAUCUGGAAGAUUCACAAUCCGAUCAAAAGCAAAAUCAGUCAACGGCCGACACUCCACGCGGAGUCAAAGAGGACCUCACGGAACUCACUAAAUCUUUCUCCCGCCAAUUAUGGGGCGUCGCCUCCUUCCUCGCUCCUCCUCCGCAACCGCAACCUCAAAUGUCCGAUCAAAACCAGCUGUCCGAUCAACUCUUAGAUCCAGAUGUUGGGGACGAGGAUGUUAUUGAGGGGAUCAAAACCGAUUUCGCCGAGAUUAGCGGCAAAUUCAGGUCCGGAAUCUCUAUGCUGUCCAACAACAUUAAUGUUUCGGAGAUCACGAAAAUGGCGUCCAAUUUUCUGCAGUUUACAUCUGAGAUGGAACUGAAUGAAGACGUUGGUGUGACUGAAGAGGUAUUGCUGUUUGCUAGAAACAUCGCGGUGCAUCCCGAGACUUGGCUUGAUUUUCCAGUUCCUGAUGAUGAAUAUUUUGAUGAUUUUGACAUGUCUGAUACCCAACAAGAGCAUGCUUUGGCUGUUGAACGUCUUGUGCCAAGUUUAGCUGCCCUCAGGAUUGAACUUUGCCCUGGGCACAUGAGUGAGGGUUGCUUUUGGAAGAUAUAUUUUGUACUUUUGCACCCUCGACUAACUAAAGAUGAUGCUGAACUUUUGUCAACUCCCCAAAUUGUUGAAGCUAGAGCAAUGUUAGCACAUGAGUUAAAGAACAGAGCUGAGGCAAAGCAGGAAUCAGUUCACUCUAUAACUGGUUCUUCUGAUUCAAACAAAAUUGCUGGAAGUGGUGCUUAUUUAAGUGAAAGUGCUGAAGCACCAGCUGGCACAAAAUCUGAAUCAGUAUCAGUUAAGGCAUCUGCCUUGAAUGCACCACCUUCUGUGGCAACAACUGAAUUUGAAACCGAGAAGCACUCAAUUCAAACCACUGAGAUGCAAGUAAUUGGCAAGUCUGUUGUCAAGGAAGAGCCUGUGGACACCAAACAUCAACUUGCAGUAUCUAGUUCCUAUGCUGGAGUAGUUUCGGAUGAGAAGUUUGAGGAUGAUGGUGAUGAUUGGUUGAAAGAGGAAAGUUCAGAAGUUGCUGGUGUUUGUGGUUCCACAAUGCAUCUAGGAAAUGAUGAGGAUGUUUCCUUCAGUGACCUUGAGGAAGAAGACAAAGAUGUGCCUUAUAAGAAAACAACAUUUGGCUCUGAUUCUUCCACAAAAGAUUCACGAGAUUGGGUUCAUCUUGGCAGAAGCUCUGCUGAUUCGGCUAAAGAUGUUAAUUAUGUUGGUGACAAAGCUGCUGGAUCUCAGAAGGUACGUGCUGACAAUCCAAAGGGUAAGGAAUCCAAUGACUGGCAUGAUUUUGAUGAAAUUGAUGACAUGUGAUAUGCUAUAAGAGCCUUUGGGAUUUUAUGUAUAUUGCAUUCUUCUUGCUAACAUGUGAAUAGAUUGCAUCUUUGUUUAUUCAUUGGAAAUUAGGAUAUGGGUGCUGUAUGUUGUAAAUAAAGCUCUAUCGAAAUUGGACAAUAUUGUGCACCUUAGCUGUAAUCGUUAAUUAAGCAAGUCAGUAGUAAAGUAUGAUCAGGUCAUUCAACA